AUGGGACGAGCAGGGGACGAGCAUUUGUUGCCUUUGCUCGACCGGGAUAGAGAGUGGAGGUUGGGCCUGUUGCCUGCCUUUGUGUGCAUUGGCUGCAGGAAGCGCUCAGAUGCAGUGGCAUGUCGUUGCAGAGCACCAAGACUUGGAGUGACAAUGAAGCUUAGAGAAACCAGUCUCUUUCCCGGAAAAUCGGCGCAGUAUCUCUUUCCCGCAAAAUCGACGCUCACGCUUUCUCCUCAUGUCUCAACCUCCCGCUUGGCCAAGCUGUUGUUCUAUUCCCGGGGGGGUCACCAUCCUGAGGCUCAAAGUCGAGUUUGCUACUUGUAG